AUGCCAUCGGUGAAAGCGACGCAACAGAACUACUCUACUCUCAAUCUAGCAGGCAUUGACUUAUCUACGUUACCGGACAAUUCUCUCUUUACGCGGUGGCGUCCGAUAUCUCAUUUCAUGGCGCCGCACUCGUGGAUGAACGACCCGUGCGGGCCAUCCUACGAUCCCUCCUCCGGGCUCUAUCACUUGUUCUACCAGUAUCACCCUGGAUACAUCGUCUGGGGUAACAUAUCCUGGGGCCAUGCCACAUCAGAGGACCUCGUGACAUGGACAGACAUCAACGGGUGGCAAGCGUACGACUCAGUCGCUCUUGCCCCCGGUCCGCAGGGGUCUUUGGACGGCAGCGGAGUAUACACAGGAUCCGCCCAGUUCCUGGCGACAAACGAGUCCUGGGGCUUGCCAACACAGGAAGAAGCCGAUAACAGCGAGCAGGACCUGAUGCUGAUCUUCUACACUGCUGUGAAUGGCAGCAAUGAGACGCAGACCCUCGCAAUGUCCUACGAUGGAGGGUAUACCUUUUCCAAGUUGGAGGGCACAGGCAUCAACAUCAACCCUGUCAUCGCCAAUCCACCCCCUAAUCUCAGCGUCACCGGAUUCCGUGAUCCUCAUCUUGAACCAUGGCCCGAGAUGGACUCUAUCCUCGACGCCGACGAGCCCCAUUUCUAUGCAGUCAUCGGAUCUGGAAUCACGGAUGUUGGGCCACGUCUGCAGUUCUACACCGCGCCAGCGUCCAAUAUGACCCAGUGGACAUACCUCGGCCCUCUGUUCUCUGCUGCCGGAAACGCAUCGUGGUCCGAGACGUAUUCCGGUACCUACGGAUACAACUUCGAGGUUCCGGGGGCAUUCUCGCUCCCCGAGCUGGUCGAGAACGGAGGCGACGGUGUGACUCUUCAUUACUUCGUCACCAUGGGUUCGGACGCGAGCACUUUCUUACACCCGCUCACCAAUUGGCCGCUCUGGUCCGAGAUCAACAUCACGCGCUCCACAAACGGCUCUGCAGAAGGCACCAUACUGUCAUCGGGAGUCAUUGACUGGGGACAGUCCUACGCGUGGAACUCUUUCUACGACAAGCCUCAUGACCGCCGCAUCGGCUUCGGUUGGAUUCCCGAGGACUUGGGCGCACCCGCGUUGCGCCCGCAAGGUUGGGUCGGGGCUACUACACUUCCUCGGGAGUUAUACGUACAGGUAUACCAGAAUCUCGCGAACACGAACGGCAUUCUGUCGCAGCACGGCUCCUGGACAGCUGUCCAGGAUUCGAACAACCGGUGGAGCAUGACCACACUCGCUAUGCGCCCUGCGCCAGACGUCGUUGCCGCGUUGCAACAGAACGCGACGGUAACCCGUGCGGAGAGCAUCCCCAUGUCUGCGAGUACCCAAUUGCAGUUCUACAGCCUCAAUGUCAGCAGCGACUCUAUCAUCAUCCACGCGGAGAUCGACAUACCUACGAAUGCCACAUCAGACGUUGGUUUUGUCCUCCGCCGCAGUCCGGACGGCGAAGAGCAGACCUUGAUCACGUAUGACCCCGUCCGCGAGACGCUCACUAUGAACUUGACGUCCUCGACCCUUCUCAACUCGACGUUCGUUGGCACUGCAAAUCACAUCGCACCGCUUUUCCUCCUCGAGACGUACGUCUCGGCCAACAGCUCUGACACCAUCCGCGAACCUCUCACUUUCGAUAUUGUCCUCGACAAUUCGGUCGUUGAAGUCUUCGCCAAUUCUCGUAUCGUGAUGACCGGCCACACCUACCCGGCCCGGAACGAUUCUCUGGAAGUGGGAUGCGUUGUCGGGAUAGGUGAUGGACAAGUCGAGUUCAGGAAUGUGUCGAUCUGGGAGGGACUUCAGAGGGCCUGGCCAGAGAGACCGGAUAAUUCGAGCAUGCCGAUACAAUAG